AUGCACAACUGCCGGACCCGCUGCGCAGAGGUGGGCAUCGAGGCGGCGCCCGUCCAGCUGCUUCUUUUCGGCACCAUGGUGGACUCGGUGCUGUCCCAUGGUGCUGAGGUGUGGGGCGUGCAGCUGGCGGCCAAAGCGGCGUGCUGCCAUCGUGGCAGUGCCGGCAGCGCGGCCGAGAAGCUGCAACUCAGCUACCUACGCCACCUGCUGGGGGUCCGGCAGAGCACCCCCAAUGCGGCCCUCCUUGCGGAGACUGGCGAGCGCCCGCUGUGGCAGCGCUGGCUGCGGCGGGCAGCCAAACUCUGGAACAAGACGCUGGAGGAGCGUCCCGGCAGCCUGUUGCAGCAAGCGUUGUUGUCCAGCGUGCAGCUGGCCGCGGCUAAGAAAGGCCUUCUUUGA